AGUGCUAGCCUACAGACACACAGUGAAACAGUAGACGUCCCCUUAUGCAUUUUUAACAGCUCAGCAGGUGAUGGGAACAGUUUGGUUGGGACAGUUUGUCCACAGAUAGAGUGACCAAGUGAUCAGCUGUGAAUGACAUCUCUCCACAUUUGCCUGGAAAACAGAGGACUGUCUCUCUCUGUCAGGCAGCUUGUGACCUACCAUCACGUUCAGCUCAACUUUGACACUGCAUGUAGAGGAACUGUGGUGAAGUGGUGCAGUCUGCCCACCUUGGAAAGCCCUUCCAUCUGAAGUGGUAGACACUUCUGAGGUGUACCAGUAUAGUAGGAUGCCCGGAGCCAGCGGCGUCAACGUUGAGCGCUCUUGUGAGGCCCUGUGUCGAACCCUUGUCUCUCAGAACGGCCUCCAGAGAGAGACGGCUGACAUCUCCCAGUCUGUCCUCUACACCUCCCUGAUGGGCCUGCUUCUGGUUGCAGACAACGAGAAAGAGCAGCUCACCAUAGGAAGUGGAAGGGUUGGCCUUAGAAACAUAGGAAACACAUGUUUCCUGAACGCAGUUGUCCAAUGUUUGUCUCACACACGUGGCCUACGCGACUACAGCCUCCUCAAGUCCUACAGGAAUGAGAGGUUCUCCAAAGAAGAGGCUAAGCUUAUGGAAGCUUUCUCCCAGGUGCUGUCAGGCCUUUGGGAUGUAAAUGAAGGGGACACAGUUGUAAACCCGCGACAGUUUUACAAUAUUUUCAAAGAAGCUGUGCCUUACUUCAGUGGAUACAGUCAACAGGAUGCACAGGAGUUCCUCAGGUUCCUACUGGACAAGCUGCACACAGAAAUCAACCGCAGACCCUACGUCCGACGACCGGCGAAGGAGCCUGAGCAAAAAUAUGCCCGAUUUAGGCUUUCAGAAGAAGCAGCAGCCAUGUGGAAGAAGCACUUGGAGAGAGAUGACAGCAGAAUAGUAGACUUGUUCUCAGGCCAGCUGAGGAGCUCGCUGCACUGCUCGGUGUGCUCCCACUACUCCAACACGUUCGAUGUGUUCUGUGAUCUGUCGCUGCCCAUCCCCAAGAGGAGCUCUGGUGGGGAGGUCACGCUGAGGGAGUGCCUGGACCUCUUCUCUCAGGAGGAGAAACUGGACAAGGAGAACUCACCAAUGUGUGAGAGGUGUAACAGGCAUACAGAGUGCACCAAGCGGCUUUCCAUCCAGAGGUUUCCCCAGGUUAUUGUGAUCCAUUUGAACCGUUUCACGACGUCACGAUGGUCGAUCAGUAAAAGCACAGUUUAUGUGUCCUUCCCACUCACCAACCUGGACCUUGGACGCUAUGGGCCUGUCGACUGUGGCCCAGUUCUGUAUGAUUUAUAUGCAAUAUGUAACCACGCUGGGACGGUGAACAUGGGUCACUACACAGCCUGCUGCUUAGAUGAAAAUGGCUGGUGCUUCUACAAUGACUCCAGUGUGACUCCAGUCUCAGAGAACCAGCUUCAGACCAAUCAAGCCUAUGUGCUGUUCUAUCAGCGCAGCAACAGCACCACCACCGUCAGGAAAUAGUCCCGAGACUGGCUGAGCCAGGCAGCCAAUCAGAGCAACUUUACCUCCAGUGUCCCUAGAAACAAAUGGAAGCAGCAGUGUUGUAACUGUGGCAUCCAUGAACAGCGCAAACUCAAUGAGCGUGCCCUCAAAUAAACUCUGAGCAGCAGGAGGACAAGGAGAGCGAAGCCAUGCUUACCUUAAGGAGGGCUUGAAGAGGCAAUCUCCCCUCCUGAAUCAUGGUGAUGCUUUUUAAGAGUCUCAGCGAGAGAGCUGAGACAGCUCAGACAGACUGCAGCCUGAAGUGUCUCUAUGCCCUACUUCUCAGGCAGGAGUGAGCGGUGUAUGUGUGCACCAUGCAGAGCUCUUAAUGUAUGAUAACUCUGAUUCAUGCUUGGGAUGCAACACAAACCCAAAUAAGCAAAGAGAAAUCUUGGGUGAAAUAGACACAAUUGUGACAUAGGACUUUAAUUUACUGUACGUGUAUUCAUAAUGUAAAUACCUGUAGCCUAUGCUAUAUCUAUGCUGUCUUUUUAUCUUGAUCUCCCUCCACAUGGACAGUUAACCUUGAAACUUAAAAACAUUUAUGGGCUAUAUUUUCCCUCUAACUAAUUUAUAACUACUGUGUAUAUAUAACUAUAUGUAUGUAUAUAUUUUUUACAUUUGUGUGUACAAAAUUACACAAUUGAAUGUAUUGCAUUAUUGAUAUUUGAAGAA